GUGGAUAUGGGUCGAAAAUUCUCAAUAAGCUACGAUGUAAAAUUUCCAAUGCGAUUGAAUUUCCUUUAAUUCUCGGACGUGAAUUUUGUGGUGAAGUUAUACAAUGCGGAAUGGCAGUUAAUAAGAAGGCAUCUUUGGGCGACCGAGUAUGGGGCGUUGUGCCAUUGGAGAAAAAUGGAUCACACGCCCAAUACGUUGUUGUACCAGAUUAUUGUAUAUCUCCUGCUCCUCAGAGCUUAUCAAAUGAACAAGUUGCAUCUGUUCUUUAUGCCGGACUUACCGCAUGGUCGGGUCUUUACAUUACUGGUCGUAUAGGGGGCUUUUGUGAUUCACUAUCCAGUGCCGGUGGAAGAGCAAGAAAACGAAUCUUAGUGAUAGGCGGUUCUGGUAGUGUUGGGUCUCUGGCGAUACAAAUACUAAAGUCUCAAAAGGCAACUGUAUUCGCGACUUGCAGUAAAGAAGCGUUCGAGCUUGUAAGAAAUCUAGGUGCUGAUUUCGUAGUCGACUAUAAAAAUACCGAAGAGCUCGAAGCUUUGCAUCGUCAUGCACCGUUCGAUAUUGUAUUAGAUUGUGCAGGUCAAGGGACAGAGCACGCUACCCACAUCAAAUUUAAGUUUGGACAAUAUAUAACGUUUUCUUCUCCUUUGGUACGGAAUAUGGAUGACUUUGGU